AUGUUUGUGUUUGCUGGGUUGUGGCACCUGUGGAUUGCUAGGAAUGACCUGAUAUGGAAUAACAUUCAUCCUUCUACUUCACGCUUAAAGGUUCAGAUCGACGCAUCCUGCUCCUCUUGGGUAGAUGCUUACAUGAAACAAUCAGCUUCUCCUUUCGGCAGUCUUCUAAAUAAUGAGGUUUGGUCACCACCUCCAGAAUUUAUGUUAAAAUGCAACUUUGACGCGGCUGUGUUUGACAACGAUGCUGGUGUAGGUGCUAUCAUUCGUGACCAUAGAGGCAAGUUCGUGGCUGCUUUCAAUUCCAGAUUUGCAUGUGCUCGAGACCCUCUAUUGGCAGAGUCAAUGGCAGCCAAAGAAGCUUUGUCAUGGUUGAAGGCCAAUGAUUUUAGAAAUUUAAUCCUUGAAUCAGACUCUCUUUUAUUUUGUAAUCGUUUUGUUUCUUCCUCGUUAGAUCUUUCUUAUGUUGGUUUGGUUGUGAAGCAAUGUCGUAGCAUUGCAAAUGACAUCAGGAACGUGUCUGUUCACCAUGUCAAAAGGUCAGCGAACCAUGUCGCUCAUGUGCUUGCACGGGUAACAGGUUCUUCCCCUGUCCUAGGGUCGUGGUUCAGUGUGCCACCAUCUUGUAUUUCACAUUUGGUUAUUGCUUAA